AUGGCCCAGGAAACAACGUUGGAUGUGCGAGAGGAUGCAUUCCCCGCCCCCAGCCGCGCGAUCUCUGGUCUCGUCGACAAUAUAUCAACUGAGAUUGCCAGAGUCGACUUCUCAGACAAGAUCCUCCUCACCAUCUCACAAGAGGGCCGGCUUGCGCAAUGGGUUCAAGUUCCUCUGACAGGAUCUGCUUCAGGCGUUGUUGAAAUGUCAUUACCAGGGACAACCCGCGGCCUGCUGCCCUCUACCCACCUCACGCCCACUACCCUGCUCGGGGGCGGAGGGGAGGGCCGGGAAACAGUCGGCCAGCUCUAUGCGGCACAGAUUGCUAGCCAGAUAUCCUUGAGAUCGCCAGACGACAGAAGGGUGCUUGUCCUUGGUCUGGGUCUAGGGAAGCUCAGUCCUGAGCGGGAGGCGUUUUUUGACUUGCUAGAAUUGGUGCAACAAGUUCUAUGA